GAAAUACUGGUUUGUUGUGAGCCGGCGCCUAGACUAUGAAGAGGAACAACACUACUACAAGCAUUUACGCGCGCGUCGCGUUCAGACGUGUUCCACGUAAAACGCUCUCUUUGGCGCGAAAUUCGAAAAACGAACUAUGAAUUAAAAAAUAGGUUUUAAUAUUUUUAAGAACAUAAAUGCUAACUAUACCUGGCUGAAUGUAAACUGUGAAUAAAAAAAUAAAAAUGGCGAGUGAAAAAAUAUUUCGCGCGUUUUUUAUUUUCUGUUUAUUUUCGUUGACAAAAGGAAAUAUAGUGGUGGACGAAGAAUGUUUGAAUUAUACAGUGUAUCCAGUGCAAUAUGAACUAAAUAUUUACCCUUAUAUUUAUCCCCACCGUACUUAUUACGAUUGUGAAUUAACAAUUACUAUAAUAGCGAAUGCGCCUAAUGUGAACAUCAUUGAGUUAGACGCGAAGGAUUUAGAAUUUGAAAGUGGAUCGAUAAAGGUUUAUGAUGGGCCACGGGACAUAAUAAAUGUUGCCAGACCUUUUGAAUACAAUUAUUUAACGAGUAAACUACAUAUUUAUUUGAAUGAACCGUUGAAAGUGUAUCAAGUGAAUGACAAACAUUUUUAUUUUAUUAAAAUUUCGUUUAGAAAACAAGUGAACAAAGACAGUACGGGUGUGUUUUUGGCCAAAUAUUAUGAUGAACGGAGUGAACAAGAUAAAUACCUAUUCACAACAAGAUUGUCUCCGAACAAAGCGAAGUACUUCUUCCCAUGUUUCGAGAACCCUCGAUUUGAAGCAGUGUACAAGUUCAAGGUGUACAUCGUGAAACAACUUCCAGAGCUGCAAUAUACCAAUACAAGUCUUGUUAUAGCUGAAGAACAGAGAAGGGAUGGGAUAAAAGGCGACUAUAUAGUUGUGGAUUACAUCCCAUCACCUCAAGUUGGUCUUCAUCAAGUCGGGUUCCACUACUCUCAGUUUGCGAGUAGUCGUGUACAAGCUCGAAUAGUAAACGAUACACUAAUCAUAUGGGCACCUAAAGAUGAAUUACGGGACUACCAAUUUAUUCACAACUAUGGCAUAACAAUAAUAAAUUUAAUACAUGAAUACUCAAAGGAGAAUCGUCCUUUACUACAAGGACCGAUUAAUUUGAUAGCGGUGCCAGCUGACAUCAAUGGAUAUGAAAUUGGAAGUUGGAAUCUUCUAACAAAUGGAGAGCAUCGACUUGCAAAAAUAGACCAGUUUACCAGUAUAAAGCAGAUUGAGUUUAUGACCUUCGAACUGGCACAGCAGCUGUGCAGGAUAUGGCUGGGCAACCCUGGAGAAGUGGAGAGGACUAGGUGGAAAGAAGAAUGGUUCAAAGAAGGAAUGGCCACUUACUUGGCUUACUACUUCUUGACUCAAUACAAUCAUGGCAUCAUGACACAAGAAAGACGUCGUUUAGCUGCUUACGGUCUUCAAAUAAAACAUAAAGCUAUGGCAGUGGACUGGCACCGAAGCACUCCAGCAUUAGAUACCUUCAACACUUCACUGGCAAUUGAGAUACCACCAAGGUAUAAGGAACUGGUGACUAUGAAGACUGGUGCCAUACUGUGGAUGCUAGAAAACUGGGUGGAGUCUGACAAAUUCCAUUAUGCUUUGGUUAAUUAUAUCAAAUCCAGGCGAGGUAAAUACAUAUCCCUCCAAGAUUUCACCACGACAUUAGACCACGAUACAAUCGAGUGCCUUCACCAGUUCUUCAACGGUUCCACUGCGUCCCGUAUUCUGGGUUCAUGGUUCAGACGGAGAGGGUACCCAGUGAUCAAUGUUCAAGUAUUAAGAGAUCGCUCGCCUAAUGCUGUUCAACUAAAGCAGAGACAGUUCAGCUUCAACCGUGAAAACCGUGAAGUCACAGAUUUCUUGAUACCCAUAUCUUAUGUCGUUGAAAACAACCAGAACUGCUACAACUGUUACCGUCCCAGGUUCACCAUCGGUGCCCAGACUUACACCUUCGGAGAGGUCUUGAACGAUGGAUGGAUUAUACUUAACAGACAGGGAUCCGGAUACUACAGAGUCAACUACGAUCCAUUUACUUGGAGACUGAUUGCCAAAACUUUGAAGGAGAACAUGAUGUCCAUAGAUGAACUGAAUAGAGCUCAAAUUGUAAACGACGUGUUUGCUUUGUAUGUAGCCGGUGAUUUAGAUAUUGACCUGGCCAUGGAAAUUCUGGAGUAUCUGGACAAGGAACGUAGCCCUGUAGUAUGGGAAUCAGUGUUAUCUGGGUACGAUAUGCUAAUGAUUGAGGGAGCUGCUUGUAAUAUGACCAGACAUCUAUACUGGGAAUGGGAGAGUUUCAUGGUGAAGAAAAUAACUCCAAUCUACACGCAGCUAGUGAAGAGCAAGGACAAUCAGUAUUUGAUGAGGCUGUUCAGAAGUUCGGUGGUGGAACUGGCUUGUUCACUAAAUUAUGAACCUUGUCACUAUCACGUUAAGGACCUGUAUAUCGAAGACACAAGGCAUAAGCACAACCUUUUCCCUGACUGUCGGAUGUCAUAUUUCUUCAAAGUGGCCAACGACACAUCUAUGAAAACUUUCUUACGUAAACUGAACCAGAUUGAGUUGGAUGACAAGAACACCGCUGAUAAGAAAGUACGCGAGAGAAAUAGAUUUUUCGCUAAAUCCCCAAUUGGAGAGCCAAGACCAAUGCCCAUAGCAAUGUCUACUACUACAGAAAAGGCAAUUGAAACUGUUACGGAGAAGCUACAAACGGGUGGAGGAUCAUCGUCUGUGAAAUAUUCUUUGUUUAUUAUUUUUAUAGCAAUUUUCAUUAAUAUAUUAUUUGCACGGUAACUUAUAUUUAUUUAAUACUUGCAAUUAUUAUUAUAUUAUAUACAUAUAAUAAUAUCCAGGGAUCGACCAUAUCUUUUGUCGUGGUUAUAUUAUUUUUAAAUUACGUUAAAAAUCAUAUACAGUCGUCAUUUUAUUUUCGUACAUUUUUUGAAUGAUUUCGUCGACUUUGUUGUCAAAAAAUAUGUUUUAUCAAUACGUUUCAUUUUUGUUGAAACGUACUCUUGAUAUUUAAAUAUGUUUAUUUUUAUUAAAUGCUGGUUGAUUAAUAUUGGAAUUAAAUUUAAGAAAAUUAAUAUAAAUAGAUAUUAUAAUAGUAUCCAUUUUCACACACGACACAUUCCUUCUAUUUUUGUAUUACUGUUAAAAACUAAAGUACAUUGACACUGCAAUUAUUAUUUAUUUAUUCACUAAUAAUAAACACCAUAAUUCUAGUCAUAAUUGUUAUUAGGUAACUAUUAAUAAACGCUUUUUCAAUCUUAGCUUAUGUUAUACUUAAGAUUUUUAAAUAUAUUUUGCUAUAAAUGU